AUGCCUCCGGAGAAAAUACCACUGCGGACGAACACGAUGCCAGCAUAUCCUGCAGACAAGCCACCUGUGCUUCGACCUGCCGCUACAAUCAACCUGGCUAAGGACUCUCAGGAUUCAUUUCAAUCUCCUUUGCCUUAUCCUGAGGAAGAUGCUUUUCUUAUUGACCCCCUCUCCGUUUCUCGCGAUGCAACCUCCAGCGACGGACCCAUGCCAGCCAUCUACAUGCCAACGCUGCCGUCCGAGUCAACGGUCAGUGCUCCCCUAGGGCAGCGGCCUAUAAAUACAGAUGGACAUCCAUUCAAGUCUCCUGGAACAGAGCCGAAAGAAUGGAAACCGCCGAGCUUUGACCCGGAAAGGGAUGGUGUGAAGGUAGACCGGCCGGUCGGGAGCUAUCGACGAUACUCGGAGAACAAAAACGACGCAGCGUCGGAUCGUCUACCCAACUGCCCUCGAAUGAAACCAGUCGUUGGCAAGGUCGACUGGCUUACGCUACCAAGAACUGACUUCAACAUUUGUCCUGACUGCUACGGUCAGGUGUUUGCCAACUCGGGCUAUCGAACCCAUUUCCAGCCGGUGUUGCGUCCGACUGUUGACGCAAUAUCUUGUGAUUUUGGGUCAUCACCGUGGUACAGAAUAGCAUGGCUUCUCAUAUUGAAGAAUAACGGCACAGAUCUACAAGUUUUCCACGAUAUUGCUGCCAUCAGCACUGCGUGUCGCGGCUACCGCUGCCCUGGAGACCGCAGGACAACCAGAGAUUGGUACACAGUCAGAGAUCCGUACACGAAGCGCCGAGUUCCAGAGUUUACCGUCUGCUACCAGUGUGCCAAGACUGUCGAGGCUCUCUUGCCCAGCUUGAGCGGCGUCUUUGUACCUCUAGAUUCGAGGUCAAGCCCUAUUCGCAGCAACUGCGCACUACAUUUUGCGCCUGAUCGAACAGACUUUGUAUUAUACUUUGACUCAUUCGAAACUACGGCCGAUAAAGCUGAGAGCUCCAAAAGGGGUCCUGAUUUGAGCGACCUGGCACAGAAGCUGGAGCGCCUGUCCGUCCACAAUACCUGCCGAGAAGACAAGCCCAUCUCAGACGGAUACUGGCACUUUAUGCAGUUCCUGCCCCAGUUUACGGUCUGCGCCGACUGCUUUGAGGAUGUCGUGCAGCCACGGCUCCAAGACGAAAAUAGGCUUGCGAAAAACUUUUACAUCAAGCCGCAAAAGAUUUCGCUGGCGACCUGCCAACUGUAUUCGCCGCGGAUGCGCGAGGUCUUCAAGCGGGCAUGUCGGAAGGAUGAUCCCAAAUAUCUGGAAAUCAAGGUCACGGAGAGGCUGGAAAUUGAGUCCAGCAUCAAAAGCAAGCUAGCGAGGCUAGACAGGGACGCACAGAGGGACGCGCGAACGGAGAAGCAGAUUGAUGCCCUAGUUGAGGAGUGGAAAGAGUGGGAAUGA